UUGCACCGCCCCCAUUGGCUGGUAGGCGGAAGCGCAUCUACGCAUGCGCUCGAUACUCCGUGCCGGGCUGGAGCCGCCGGAAACUGAGGUAGCUAUCUGGUUUUGUGGGAGGCUGGCCUCGCCGGUAGCCCGACUGGGCUCUCUGCUGCAGUUACGAUGUCGGUUUUUCACGACGAGGUGGAGAUCGAAGACUUCGAGUACGAGGAGGAAACGGAGACGUAUUUCUACCCCUGUCCCUGUGGGGAUAACUUCAUCAUCACCAAGGAAGAUUUGGAGAACGGGGAAGAGGUGGCCACCUGUCCCAGCUGCUCGCUAGUAAUCAAGGUGAUCUAUGACCGAGAUCAAUUUAUGUGUGGAGAAACAGUCUCUGUACCUCCGACCAGCAAAGAGUUAGUUAAGUGCUGAAGAAAGCUUUGAAAACUCAAUUUAUACCAAAUAACCAAAGGAUGUGCCCAGGUGGAUAUUAAACAGGAAAUUGAGAACAUCUGAAUAACAAGAGGUUUUUUUUUUUUUUGCUUGCUUGCAGUGUAUUGCAAAGCAUAGCUUCUUUACAUCAAUAAUCACGUUAAUCUUAAAAAUUAAGAACUGAAUUGACAGAGGGGAACCAACAUAGAUUUUUAUAAUUGAACUUGAAUCUUAAUUUCAGUCAAAAAUUUUCAUUUCCCAAAAUUCCAAAGAAGAAUAAUUUCAAAUCAGCAUAUGAUCAUAUAGUUUAAUCAUUUAUCUGAUAAAACCUGUUAACUUUGAUAUUUAGUCAUUCCCAAGUAUCAUCUACCUCUGUAAUCAGCAAUAGGUACUGAUGCUCAUUUAAUUGGCUUCAACAGUAAAAACUUUGUCAGUGGCUGAAUUGUAAUAGUGUAAGGUGUGUGCACUAUCUUGUUUUCUGUCAUAUCCUAACUUCAUAAAGUCAAAGGAUGGAUAUGAAAAGGAAAAUCAGUGACCUCUAUCCUCAGAGGAUAAAAGUCUUCUGUGUCUUGGAUACUAGAAACAAGACUCAGUGUGAAAUUGCAAGAGACCUUGGAGUUCUCAUGUCAUGUUUUAUCAAAACUAAGAGGAGCAUAAAAAGGCAAGCAUUAGGGCUUGAUGAUAAGAAUAACGUGGUGACCAAAGGGAAAAAAAUGAAAGGUGCAAAUCCUGUUGAGUCAGGAAGUGAACCAAUUGAUUGUUCCAAACCAGAGCCAAUGGUGUCCCUCUGUCUGAUCAUUUUCUAAAAGUAAAAAGCCAAUGAAAUUACCCCAAGGAAGGUGACUUUGUAUUUUUUGGUACCAUUACAAUAUUGUGUCCACUGCAUGUGAAAAGGUGAAGCAUCUCCAUUAACCAUACCCAUUGCUGAAGAUCAUCUUUAAAUGUGAGAGAGGUCCAUUCUGGAUGCCAGCACUAGUAAGGACACAUUAAGGGCAGAUGCCAUUUAUGUGCCACCGAGUCAGAUCCUAGUAGCCCUAAAAGAGGAAACUUGCUGUGAAGGGAGGAAAAAAGGCAUGUGGACAGUCUUUGCUGCAGUGAUGAUAGUAGUGAGAAAUGGAGCCAUUUGUGGAGAAAUUGGAAAAUCCACAGUGGCUCCUGAAAGGCAUGAAUCAUCUUCCCUGUGAAUACUAAGUUAGCAAACAUGCAUUGAUGACUAAAAAGUUAUUUUGGUAUUGACUUCUGCAAUUAGAAAAAUGGCUUGCCAGAGUAGCUAUUUUGUUGCUCUUAAAAGUGCUAUGCGUACCUACAUUUAAAUUAAAACAUGUGCACAUUCCUUUUCUGCUUGCCAGUCCUUCAAGUUACAUGAGGUUAAUAGACCAAGGAGAGAUGGACUAAAAGUUGAGUCCCUGCAGCACUUGGUUACCUGGAGUGCCAAGGAAAGUAGCUGUUCUAGAAAUAUGGAAAUGGAAUAUUCUUGGUGCAAUGAGGAAGCUCCUGGCUGCCUGAGACCCAGUCUCAUACUGAAAGCAAAGCUGGCUUGUUUAACACCAGUGAUGGUUUGGACAAAAGGAGUGUUCAGACUAGAAUGAGCUACAAAGAAAAAUGGAUUGUUCAAUCAGUAUUGAUGGUUUUAUAAAUAUGGGCUACCUCUGCUGAUAUUCUAUCAACAAGGGACAUCUUUAAUGUGAAAUUUGUUGUAGUAUAAAGGAAGAAGAGAAAGAAGCUGCUUGAGCCCAUGCAUCCUGCAAGAAGAGAAGCUUGGGCAAUAUGAACAGUUAUUGAAUUUAUGAUAAAUUAUAGUGCUACAAGAAAGUCUAUCUGCAGCAUUGGGCAGAAUUACUGAGUAGGGUCUGAACUAUAGGAAAAAGUCCAAGUUCAAUGCUGUAUUUCUAAUAUAACCAGUUUCCAAUUUAAUAGUGAGAAGUUCUUGCCAUUUGUUUCUUCUUUUGACUCCCUUCUCAUAGGCUUUUUGUUUAUUGCUUUUCCAGCCCUGGGACAGUAGAAGCCAAGCUGCCGAUAGCCCAAGCAGUAUCAUUGUUUAUAGACUUCACUAUGCUCCCUAGUGCUGACCUGCCAGGGCCCUCCCCUGCAGCAGGUGGGAUGAGGGCUCUGUGUAUGACCUGGAGAAAUUAUAAAAUGUGAAGUGUCCAAAUGAGAUGUAUAAAAGCUGGCUGGAGCCCGAGUAGGAUGAGGGACAGACUGAGUAUGCUACAGUGAGGGAGUUUUGUGUCCAGAUUGGUGUGAUAGUAUAGGAGCUCAAAGAUGACUUUCCAGCUUUCACUUUUUUUUUUGAACAGUUAAGGAUGCAUCAUCCAUUACCCCUUAUUCUUCCCUUUGGGGUCUUUGAAUAGUAUAAUUGGGCAAAAGGGAUGAAGAACAUUGAAUUGGAAUGUCCUCCCUCUUAAUUCAAAAUUUCCUAAAAAAGAGGGUAGGGUGGAUUUUACCUAUGAUCCUAGAUAGUAUGUGGCCAUUUGAACUGAGGUGGAUACUUACCUGCAAAGUUAUAAUUGGAGAGACCUUAUUGGGUUUAGAGAUUAAAUGAAAAUAAAUUGAGAAUCCAGAAUGGUAAACAAUACAGACUUGUCUUUCCCUGGGAGACCUGCCCCUAACUUGCCUGACAUUUACUAGAAGGACAACUUUGGACAGUGAGGAUCAAGGGCCCUCUGAGGAAUGUACAUAUAGCUUUUCCCUUUGGAAUUACACCAAGGAAAUCUAUGCUGCCAUAUAUUCUAUAGGGGAAGGGAAAAUCAGUUCCUAAUACAUAAAGACCCUAACAGGUAGGGUGGGAAGGAAGGCCUUAAUUCUGAAUACAGUUGUGUAUAAAAAGUUUGUAUGCAUGUAUAUAUUCUCUAGCAGGCAAUAUUCAUUUGCAUUCCCCGGAGGAAGGAUGGUACUUGGCAGUUAUAAAAUUCUUAAACAUCCUUAUCGACAUCAUGAGAGGUCAAAGAAACCACAGAGUAAAUACUGUGAAGUGAAUCCCAGCAGUUAUAUACAGUAUGAUGGUCCCUACAACAUAGGUCCGGGGGGGGGGGGGUGUAGAAUGGAGGCUGCAGAGUGGGAAACAGCAUCUAGCAGCUGAAUUAUGGAGAAACUCAUUGUUGUCAUUGCAGAGUGGCUGUGGGGGUUCAGCCUAGUCUGAAGGCUAAGCCAGAAAGAUCAGUGAUGGGAGCUUUGGAAUUUAUUUCACAGGUACUAAUAACAAUAAUAACUCACAUUUGGGUAACACUUGUAGUUUGCAAAGGACUUGCCUCACAUUUUAUUCACUAAUAUGUUUUAUUCUCUUGUACGUGUGUCAAUCUGAGCAUCUUUGUAAAGAUGACAUUUUAAAUCUCCAAAACAAGUUCCAAAUACUCUGCCCUUUCUACAUAUUUACAUCCAGUAUCCUAAUGAGUGGGGAACUUAAGGUCUUAGGAUUGAUAUUUGGGGAAGCAGUGUAGUAUGUACACCAUCCAAUUUAAAGUCUUGGAUAUUGGUUCCAACUUUACUGAUCAGCUGUGUGACAUUUAAGCAAGUCUUCCAACCAUCUAAGCUUCAGAUUCCUCGUCUCUCAAAUGAGUGGAUUAGUUUGUAUGGUUUUAAAAUUUCUGCUUGGCUUGUUGUAAUAGACCAGGAUUCUGUGACUGCAGGCUUAGAAUGAAUGACAUUAAAUUGCUGAACUGAACCAAAUUCAACUCAAAUAUUCAGGUUCUCUUUCAUGGUAAAUUAAACUUAUUUUUUGAAAGUGGUUUGGUUUGAGAAAUUAAAUUUUUAAAAAUUCCUUAAAUUUCAUGUAGCAAUUAUGUUUAAUUGAAAAGGGCUAGAUGAAUCUGAGGAUAUGAAUCCCAUUGCCUACAGAAGUAUCCCUAGACACAGCAUCAGUGUGAGACUGAGAAGUAUAUUCUGUACGAUUUUUUUGACCACCUUAUUGAUUGGGGUUUUGUUAUCCUCCCAUCUUCCAUGCCCCUACCCAGAAGAGAAGUGUUUACUGUAUUUCCUGAAUUGCAACUGAGCUUGGUGUUCUAUGUGUUUUUAAAAGUAGAUUAUAUUGGUAGUCUUGUUAAUAAUAAUAACUGACAUUUAUGUAGCACUUUAAAGUUUUUGAUAGGAAGUGUGGCAUAAUGUACCCAGAAGUGACCUCAGAGAUGGGGAGACCCAGGUUCUAGUCCCUUCUCCCUCUCUCCAAACCCCCCCCCCCCACCCCCCCACCCCCCAUGACACUGGAUGUGUGAUUAUGGCAAAUCUUCAUUAGAAAAGGGAUUUUGGACUUGAGUUCUGCUUGUGCUUCUUGAAUUUGAAUCAUGACCCUUCAAAUGGAAUCUACUUGAGUGUCAAAAAGUUUUUGGAAUGGAAUGAAAGUUCUUAAUGUGUCUUAUGUGUUGUUUUUCUUUUAGAGUUGAACUUUUUCAUCAACACUCAAGAUAUCAACAAAUUAUGUAUAGACUCUGUUAGGCCUUUGAUCUGUCAGGUCUCCAGUAUAUAUGGUUGGUUACACAGUGACAGUGCUUUUUUCACUAUGACUUAAUCUGUAAAGCUGUUAUCAUUGUCUCAACUCCAAUAUUGUACCAAGUCCAUACUGUGCAAUAAAAAUGUGUGUCUAAAUGCAAAA